CUUCUUCAUCAUCUUCACUCUUCACACUUCUCCACAGAGUCUUCAGCCAUGUUUUCUCUCACUGUCAACUCCCCUAAACCUUUAUCUCUCUCAACCCCAUUCCUCCCUAGUCAUCCCCAUCCCCUACCCACCAUAACCCACAAACCAAAUAUCAAUCCAAGACCCAUAUCAGCACUAAUCAUCCCACCUUCAGGUCAAAGAAACCAACAAUAUUCAUCAGAACCACCACUACAACAACAGCUUUAUCAGCCAUUUAGACCACCCCCUUCUCCGCUCCCACCCAAAUUCCGCAAUCUCGACAUCAAUUCCAAGCUCGAAGUACUCGCUAAUCGUCUUGGACUUUGGUAUGAAUAUGCCCCUUUGAUAUCUUCUUUAACCAAUGGUGAAGGUUUUACGCCUUCUACGCUCGAGGAAAUUACUGGGAUUACUGGGGUUGAACAGAAUCGAUUGGUGGUUGCUGCUCAAGUCCGUGAAACUCUUGUUGAGUGUAGUUUGGAUUCGGAAACGUUGUCGUAUUUUGAAACUGGGGGUGCUGAGUUGUUGUAUGAAAUUCGGUUGCUUAAUGUUAAACAACGAGCUGAUGCUGCAAGAUUUAUGGUGAGGAAUGAGUUUGAUUUGAAGCAAGCUCAGGAUUUGGCUAGGGCAAUGAAGGAUUACCCGAGAAGACGUAUCGAUUAUGGUUGGGAUAAGUUUAAUGGUGAUUCUCCUGGUGAUUGUUUGGCUUUUUGGUUAUUUAGGCUAGCUCAGGAGCAUGCUGCUGCAGCUGCUGAGGAAUCGAGAAUUAAGGCAAUGGAGAAGGCUCUUGAAGUUGUGGAGUCUGAAACUGCUAGGAAUGUUCUUGUUGAGGUGCUAGAAGGAAAAGGGUUUGCUAAGGAGAGUGUAAUUGAUGAUUCGGUGACAGUGCCUUUGGUGAGGAUGAAGUUAGGGGAGGUAGCAGAGUCAACUAAAGUAGUGGUUUUGCCCGUUUGCAAGGCGGAGCAGAGGGAAUUUGAGGUGGAGGCAGCGCCAUGGGAAUGUAGUGGUGUGGGGGAUUUUGGUGUAGUGGAGGCAGAAAAGGAUUGGAGGAGAUGGGUUGUUUUGCCUGGAUGGCAACCUAUUGCAGGAUUAGAGAGAGGUGGAGUUGCAGUAUCGUUCAAGAGUGGGAAGCUUUUGCCAUGGAAGGAGAAGAGAAAGUACAAGGAAGAGCCAGUUUUGGUAGUGGCUGAUAGGGGAAGGAAGGAAGUGGUGGUGGAUGAUGGGUUUUACUUGGUGCUUAGUGUUGGCAAUGGGACCGGUGACGAGGGAUUGAUAGUGGAAAAAGGGUUGACAUUGAAGGAAAUGGGAGUUGAAAAGAGCUUGGGAAUGGUGCUUUUAGUAGUUAGGCCACCAAGGUGGGAAGAUGAAGAUCAACUAAUUGAUGAAGAUUAGGAUCCUGUAAAACUGCAGCCUUUGCUGUAUACUGUCAAUGCAGAAAAUUUUGGGUAUCACAGUAAUGUUUCAUUUGUAGACAAGUUCAAGCUUCUCUUUUGAGAAGUCACAGCACACAAGGUGUGUGUGCGCGCAAGACAAACCAGCUUGAAACAUAUACAAUGUUGUCUUAGCAUUUUUCCAUUGCCUAGUACUUAUAUUUAGAAGAAACAGAAUGUACAAAUUCAGGAUUCACUUGUCGUGCAGAAGUGAAACUGGAUCAUAUUUGUUGAAUAAGAACAUUUUUUUCUUCCAAA